CAGCUAUAAUACAUUCUUUUAAUUAUUCCAUUCGAAUAUAUAUCGGUCUCUUCUCUCCAAGAAAUAUACCUUCAUUAACUCUAGAGGCAUCGGGACGAAAUGCUAUUUCCAACCACUUUGACAGCCGUCAUUGUACUCUUCAAUUUCAUAAAUUCACAAAUCAUCGUUGAGGCAUCCCAUACUGAAAAUGCGCUUGCUGAGGUAGUCGUCUCAGUCAAAGUUGAUCCCACAAAUAUUUGUGGGGAUUAUCAGAUUGUAGCUGCUCGUGGUACAAAUGACCCUCAAAGUGGCUCACCCACCUACGCCGAUUUGAUCAAAAUAGUGGAGACUACAAUACCUCGAGGUUCUAACGUGGAGAUUCAAUACCCAUCUAACAUGGAAUAUGCCAUAACUCCUGUUCAUGGAGCUACUGCCGGUGUCACAUAUUUGUCUGAUCAAAUGUUCACAUGUCCGAAACAGAAAUAUGUUUUUGUGGGUUAUUCCAAAGGAGCCAUGGUCAUUUCACAACUGAUGAAGGAGCUGCCGAUAUCCGAGGAUAAAGUUGUAGCCGUUGUCCUAUUUGGUAACCCCUACCACAAGCCAGACGCUCCGCAAAAUCGCUGCUCCGGGACUGGCGGUUUCGGGAUGGAUGCAAUGUUUGCGGAAUCCAUCCCAUCACAAUACAUCCCGCUGACCUACGAUUGCUGCAUCAAGUGGGACCUGGUUUGCCAGACGAUCGGAACUGUUGCCAAUCACAGGGCGUAUCGCGGCUCGCAAGAGGAAAAGAAUGCAGCUGCCUUCGUAAUCUCUCAGCUUCGCUUGAAGCUAGGCCACAGUUUCAGAAUAGGCGCAUAAUUCAGAACACAACAUACCAAACACGUAACCAGAAACUCUGAAGUUUAUGCUUUCACAUUGCGGCGUGUUUCGUGCGCUUAUGAUGGACGUGCCUUCAGUCAUGGUGGCUUCUACAUGUCUUUCUGUCGGCAAGGCAAUCAAAUACACUCCUUAGUUGCAAUCGACUUCCCGACACCAAAUUAAGCCUUAUCCUCCCUUUUCUUGUAUACCAAUCAAAUUUCCAGGCAACGUCUCUGGAGACCUUCCUCUGUUUUCUUAUAAUAUUAUCUAUCGUUGUAAACCACUUUGACACUCUCUCUAUCAACAAACUGAAUUGAUCACUUGUCAUAUCAAUAUCAUCUGCAGAAAUCCUUGAAUUUUGAUACGAUUUAGGC